AAGAUAAAGCGAUCUUAACUGCAAAUUUAACUGUUUAUAAAUGAAUCGGCAACUCUCUGUUUUUGUCUUCUGUUGAAUUUCUACUUUUUCAAAGUUUUAUUGCAUUAUAUUUUAUAUUUAGGCCCUUUAAUUUAUCGUCAUCAUGAGUAUAUUCGAAUACAACGGUGGACUUGUCAUUGCUAUGACAGGAAAAAAUUGCUUUGCUAUUGCUUCUGAUCGAAGAUUAGGAGUCAGAGCCCAAACUGUAAGCAUGGAUUUCAAGAAAAUAUAUGAACUUGGACCAAGAUUAUAUGUUGGCCUUCCUGGUUUAGCCACUGAUACUGCGACCGUGGCUCAAAAAUUACAAUUUCGUGUAAAUAUGUAUGAACUUAGAGAAGACAGAAAAAUGAGACCUGCAGUUCUACAAUCAGUUCUGUCAAAUCUUCUGUAUGAGAUGAGAUUUGGACCUUUUUUCGUGUCUCCUAUUGUGGCUGGUCUUGAACCUGGAACAAACGAGCCUUAUAUUUGUGGUUUAGAUGUAAUUGGAUCUGGUAGGCCUGUUGAGGAUUUUGUAGUGUCUGGAACUUGUGAGGAUCAAGCCUUUGGAAUGUGUGAAGCUUUAUGGGAGAAGGAUAUGGAACCAGAUAUACUUUUUGAAAAAAUUUCCCAAGCCUUAGUUAAUUCCUGUGACCGUGAUGCUAUAUCUGGUUGGGGUGGAAUUGUACACAUAGUGGAGAAAGAUAAAGUAACAACAAAAAUUUUGAAAACGAGAAUGGAUUGAUUUUUCUAUUUUGUGUUUAGUUUGAUUAUUAAAUAUUCCUUUUUUUAAAUAAAAAUUAUAAAACUUU